UUCUUCCUCUUUCGUUACUGAUGACACUGUUUACUCUCUCUUAGAUACAGAGCAGAGGAUACGGGAAGGGAAACUUUGCCCUGGCUACAGUUCAACUUUUCUGCCACUUCAUUAGAAACUUUCUGAGAAGAUCUGUGCAGCCAUGGACGGAGACGUGCUGUCUGUGCCGUCGUUCUCGUUGUUAUCACCCCCAGCAUCAGAGAGAGAAACAGAGAAGAGUUCACCAAAGAGCGAGAUCACUGAGAAGCAACUCUGGCACAAAUCUACUGAAACACUGUGGACAGGGGUCGCGGGUCCUGUGGGGGACAGGCUGCUGUCCACAGAGGAACAGGUCACUUUGAUCACUGAGAGUAUGACGGUGUCCUCCACUGACCAGGAGAAGGUGCUGCUGCUCAACAAGAACACAGAGCUGCGCAGAGUCAACAAAGAGCUGAUGAAGCUGAACGACGACUGGGACCAGGUGUACCGCAGCGCCACGCUGGGGCUACAGCAGAGGCUGGAGGCUUCGGACGUGGAGAACACGGCCCUCAAACAGCUGAACAGCAGACUGCUGCUGAAACUGGAGCACCAACAAAGCGCCAAGGACUAUUACGAACAAGCUCUGAUGCAGGAGCUGAGGAAAAACCAGGAGCUGCAGGAAUACAUCCGAAUGCUGGAGAGAAGGACGCCACCCCCCGACAGAGCCGCCUCUGCUGCCAAACAGGUAGCGCAGCUGUCAGGCAGCUUCAGAGGCGCGGUGAAUGGCACUCUGUCAUGCCCCACUGGUAACCCUCCCCCCGGGCCCCACCUGUCACCCAGCCUCUUCUCUCAAUACAACUCCUCCUCACCCUUUUUACCUGCUUCUUCAUGUGCAGAGGCAAGGGGGCUGGGGAGAAGCCAGGGCACCAGUGCCCCACUGGGCGACACCCAGCAAGAAGUGCAGGAUCUAAAGGAGCAGCUGGAGGCGCUGAGGUGUCAGACUCAGAUUUAUGAAGAGGAGUAUCAGACGAAGCACCAGGACCACAAACAGACACUGGAGGAGAAUCGGAGGCUGAGGGAGAAGAGGGAGGAGAUGCGCCACCAGGUGGCACUACUGCAAGAACAGCUGAAAGUGUACGAAGAUGAUUUCCGAAGAGAGCGGUCUGACAAGCAGGUGUUACAGAGGCUGCUGUUGAAGAAAACGCAUCCAAACAAGGAUCCAAUGCUCGUCCACCGAUGUAAUAACGCACAUCAGCCACAAGGAGACGACAAAAGGUCACAAAGCGCGGAGAGAAGAAAGGCGCGUCAACCUCCAAGUCCCAAACGUUCCAGCAAUGACAAAGAGUCAGACUGGAGAAAAACGAAGUAGAGCAACUGUUGAAUGAUAAUCAUAAAAAAAAAUCACGAAUCAAUAAAAUAAGCUUUUUUUUUUUAUAAAUCUGCCCAUUCUUUAUCAGCCUGUUAAUGCUAACAGAUGCUAACUAAAUGAAGGUAGCAUGAAAAUAAAAAAAUAUGGUUUGUACAUGUAACAUAUUGUUACAUUUGAUUUAUAUUUAUUUACAGACUCUAGAAAUAUAUUUUUCGAUAUAGUUUUAUUUAUAUACAACAGCUUUUACUGAAUGAAAUUAAUCAUAAAAGUAUAAAUAAAGUAAAGUCUUUUGGGGUUUUGUUUAUUUGUUUGUUUUUUGGACACUGAUAAUGAGUAGCACUUCACACCUUCUCUACCUGUUCAAAUUAUUAAAUACAAAAUAAAUGAUACACAUUGAAAGAGAAUUUCUUUUUUUAAUAUAAUGUCAUGAUUUGAACUGUGACAACUUGUUAUCUCUGAAAUUGUCAGUACACUUGAUAAAAAAGUUUUGUUAAUGCUGAUGAA